AUGACCUCCUCGUCCAGCCGCGGCAGCUUCAAGGCCGCCUCCACCAAGAUCUCCAUCGGGAUGACUCCCCGCGGGGCCUCCACCCGCCUGGGGAGCUCCGGCAGCGUGUACGGCGGCGCCGGGGGAUCCGGGGUCCGAAUCUCCAAAGCCUUUCGAGGUGCCGUUGGCAGCGCGAACCUGCUGGAGAACGUCACAGAGAACAAGAAGGAUGCCAUGCAGAACCUGAACGACCGCCUGGCCUCCUAUCUGGAGAAGGUUCGCGGGCUGGAGGCCGCCAACGGCGAGCUGGAGCUCAAGAUCCGGAAGCACCUGGACAGCCGCGCUCAACCCGCCGGCCACGACUUCAGCACCUUCUACGUCCGCAUCAAGAAGCUGCAGGACAAGAUUGUUGCAGCCCACUGUAAGAAUGCAGCACUCUUCCUCGCCAUUGAUAACGGAAAACUGGCCUCGGACGACUUCAGGUCGAAGUUUGAGAGCGAGCUGUCUCUGCGUCAGACCGUGGACGCAGACGUCUCCAGGCUGAGGAAGACCUGGAGCGAGCUGACGGAGGACGGCAGGGACCGGGAGCUGCAGCUGGGGGGUCUGAAGGAGGAGCUCAUGCUGCUGAGAAGCAACCACGAGGAGGACCUGCUGGCUCUGCGCUCUCAGGCGGGAGUUCAGGUCAACGUGGAGGUCAACGCCGCCCCUCAGGAGGACCUGUCCAGCAUCAUGGCCACCAUCAGGGAGCACUACGAGACCACCGUCUCCAAGAAUCAGUCCAAGCUGGAGGCCUGGUUCCAGGCCAAGUCGGAGGAGCUCAGUAAGGAGGUCACUGUGAGCACCGAGACUCUGCAGACGUCUCGCUCCGAGAUCACAGAGGUCAAACGCACACUGCAGAGUCUGGAGAUCGAGCUCCAGUCGCAGCUCAGCAUGAAAGCCUCCCUGGAAGCCACCCUGGCAGAGACGCAGCGCCGCUACGCCGCCCUGCUGGCAGGUUUCCAGAGGCAGGUGACGGGCCUGGAGCAGCAGCUGGCUCAGCUGAGGGCCGACCUGGAGCGCCAGCAGCAGGAGUACCAGGCGCUGCUGGACAUGAAGACCCGGCUGGAGCUGGAGAUCGCAGAGUACCGGCGACUGCUGGACGGAGACCUGACCAGCACUUCUUUGGAAAAGACCACUCGAGUGGUUACGAUCGUGCAGGAAGUCAACUCAGAUGGAAAUGUGGUGUCCGCCCAGCAAGUUUGA